AGCACGUUUGCGGACAUGGCGCUGCAGCACAAGCUCACCUUCCUCGUCGACAACUCGUCCCUCUGCUGCUGGACGUAUGCAAUCGUCUGGCAGCUCUCCAGCGCCGACGGCCAGAUGAUUCUGAGCUGGGGCGACGGCUACUUCUCCACCAACGAGAACAGUACCCAGCGGAACGAGGCCAAGCAGUUCGAUGCCGACCAAAUUCUCAGGCGCAAGGUCCUCCGCGAGCUCCACGACCUGUGCCAUCCCGAGGAGGAUUAUCGAGAGGUGGACCAUGUCACCGACCAGGAGUGGUUCUAUCUCCUCUCCAUGUCGUGGAAUUUCGCCUGCGGUGAAGGCAUUCCAGGGCGGGCGUUCCAGUUUGGGCAGCACAUAUGGAUUUGCGACACUGUCAAGCCCAUUAACUUUCAGUGUGCGCGACUGGAGCUUGCCAAGAGCGCAGGAAUUCAGACAAUCGUCUGUGUUCCCACCCGAAACGGAGUUGUGGAGCUGGGAUCCACCGAAAUCGUUAACGAGUGCUCGCGGACACUCCAAGACAUAAGGAGAUACUUUGAGGAGGAGCAGCAGCAGCAGCAAUCACAGUAGCAACCGCAGCAACAGCAACUUCUUUCCCACCUUUGAAGUUUCUAUUCAUUGCUCUUGAACCCGCAGGAUUCCUCGUUGCUAUCCGGUCCUAUAUCCAGCACCAGGAAGUUUCCAGCUUGUGCCCCUGGGGAUUUCUUGCCUCCUCUGAAAGAAAAGUCUCCUGGGUCAUAUGUCCUCUCAACAUCUCCCAAUCAAAACGCCGUAUGCAUUCCAAUAGAGAUCAUAUUUCCUCGAGGCCUUGACAACCCUUGUCACUUGCUCGACAAGCUCAACAUCGCUAGCAUUGUGUUUUGGCAUGAUCUCAUGGAUGAAGGACGAGCACACGCUGCUUAGAACAGAGAUUGUGCAUGCUCCUCACCUCCACCCUGAUGGGAUUGGUUUGCAACAGAAACGUACUAAUUUUUCUUC